CUUAUCUCUCUCUCUCUCAAUCUCCAUCCUGAGAAAACAAAACCAUGAAGUGGCUAUCCAAAAAGGUUACGUGCAAUUCUGACGGUCAGGACUCUUCAUACUUCUUAGGAUGGCAGGAAUACGAGAAGAAUCCUUAUGAUAAGGUUCGGAAUCCAAAUGGGAUUAUACAGAUGGGACUUGCAGAGAAUCAGCUAUCCUUCGACCUCCUCGAAUCAUGGCUAUCCAAGAACCCAGAAGCUUCUAGUUUCAAAAAAGAUGGAGAAUCCAUAUUUAAAGAGCUUGCUCUGUUCCAAGAUUACCAUGGCUUACCUGCUUUUAAGAAUGCUCUGGUACAAUUCAUGGAGGAGAUAAGAAAAUACAAAGUCAGCUUUGAUCCUAAGAAGCUAGUCCUCACUGCUGGUUCAACUUCAGCUAACGAGAUUCUUAUGUUUUGCUUAGCUGAACGAGGGGAAGCAUUCCUUCUCCCCACUCCCUACUACCCAGGGUUUGAUAGAGAUCUGAAAUGGAGAACUGGGGUGGAGAUAGUCCCAAUACAUUGCUCAAGCUCCAACAACUUCCAAAUCACACAAUCUGCAUUGGAUGAAGCUUACAGACAAGCCCAAAAAAAUAAUUUGAGGGUUAAAGGUGUUCUUAUCACCAACCCUUCAAACCCAUUAGGCACAACUAUAAGUCGAGAAGAGCUUAAUCGCCUAAUCGACUUCGUUUAUGCAAAAGAUAUCCAUCUAAUAAGCGAUGAGAUCUACUCUGGAACUGUUUUUGACUCACCAGGUCUCGUCAGUAUUUCAGAGGUAUUGAAUGAUAGAAACCUUGAAGACAGUGAUGUUUGUAACCGGGUUCACAUUGUCUACAGUCUUUCCAAAGAUCUCGGGUUACCCGGGUUUCGAGUCGGUGCUGUUUACUCUAACGACGAAAUGGUAGUCUCCGCCGCAACCAAAAUGUCAAGCUUUGGGCUUGUUUCUUCUCAAACACAACACCUUCUCUCUGAAAUGCUUUCAGAUAAGAAGUUUACGAGAAACUAUAUAGCUGAGAACCAGAGGAAGCUUAGAGAAAGACAUGACAAGCUUGUUUCAGGGCUGAGACACUUUAAUAUUAACUGUUUGAAGAGUAAUGCUGGUUUGUUCUGUUGGGUUGACAUGAGACCUCUCUUAAGCUCCAACACUUUUGAAGCAGAGAUAAAGCUGUGGAAGAAAAUUUUAUUUGAAGUUGGGUUAAAUAUCUCUCCUGGUUCUUCUUGUCACUGCUCCGAACCCGGUUGGUUCCGGGUUUGUUUUGCUAACAUGGAAGAAGAGACAUUAAACCUGUCAUUGCAAAGGUUUAAGGCUUUCGUGGAGUCCACCGAGAACAGAAACAACGAAGGUGGUGGUUGUAGCCAGCGACAGGCUCCAAGAAACUCAAGAAGGAGAUCACUCACCAAGUGGGUUCAACGGUUAUCAUCUCAUGAUAGGGAAUCCGAGCGCUAAUCUGGGAUGAACACGUGUCCUUUCUAUAUUGGGAAAAAAUCGUUUGCAAUUCUGAUCUUGUACAAUUCCAUGAAAUACCACCUUCAGGGGUGACACGUGUAUUAAUACCAAUGCAAUGGUUCAGAUUUGA